AUGAUACCGCCACGCAUAGUCCCAUGGAGAAAUCUUGCUGAGUUAGAGGAACUAAAAGGUUGGUUUUACCCAAGGACCAAAGAUAUCAUCGAAGAUAAAAGACAUCGUGCUGUGCAAAGGGUGCAGAGCUACCAGCUCAAAGGCUCACAAUAUUUGCCUCAUGUAGUGGACUCUACGGCACAAAUAACAUGUGCUGUGUUGCUGGAUGAAAAAGAAACCGGUUCGGAACCGCAUCGAGACUCUGUUCCUAUACGAUUGUCAUACGUGAUGGCUUUGAUCCGGUUCGUCAAUGGUUUGUUGGAUCCAACUCAGCAAUCUCAGUUCGCCAUUCCUUUGCAUACGCUAGCUGCUAAGAUUGGACUGCCGUCUUGGUUUGUUGACUUGAGGCACUGGGGUACGCAUGAAAGAGAUUUACCUGGCUUAGAAAUGCUCCGUUGGGCCGCCAAUGAAGCUUUGUCUUGGCUGUAUGAUCACUAUUGGAAUGAUCAAGAAUUAGAAGAUGAUAGAGAGGAUUUGGAUGAUGACGAAAAUGGUUAUGGAUACGGGAGGAACAAUAAAGAGCAGAAAUAUAAGGAUAGUUUGGCUAAAACACUUGACAAGUGGAGACGACUCAAAAACGAGUUUCUAGAGCACAGAUGGGUGUGGGAAAAUGCAAAGGAUAGUCUAAUUACUAGCAGUAACUUCUCUGGAGACAAUUUGGUUAAUUACGAUGCCCAAAGAGGGAAAGGUACACAUGAUAGUUCAUCUGAAAUUAUGAUAAGAGAAAACUUACGUCAAUGGCAAGAACUUUGGAAAAUGUCCAUUUACCAUGAGGAAGUAAUUGGGGAAUGUUUCAGCAAUUAUGACCCAAUUUUGUUUAAAGUAUUAGUAUUGAAUUUGAAUGAUUUUGACUGGAAGUUAAUCGAAUGGGUUGCCAAGAAUUACAAAACCCAACAAGAUGACACUAAUACAGUUACAGUGUUGAAAAAGAAGUUCGACGUUUGGAAAGAUUUACAAACAAGACUAUUGGACGUCAUAAUAGGCAAUCUUAAUAACAAGAAUAUCAAGAAUAAAUGGCAAAACUGGGAGAAAGUCAUUGAUGAAAAUCCGUCAUAUUUAAUACUGUAUCUUUGCCGGUCCAUGCUAACUAAAUUAGAAGCUGAGAAGGUCUGUGGAAAUUCCUGGAGAAGCAAAAAACGCAAAAGACAAUUUGACAGCACGGUGGAGGUCGAGACAAAACUAAAAGAGUAUAUAGACAGCUUAUCGUCAAGGUUUAACGAAGGCGAAAUAAAAGUUUACGAUCUCACCCCCAGGGAAAAAGGAGCCCACAUAUUGAAGAAGGAGUCUAGUCCCGCUUUGAAGACUGUUACUAAUAAUAUUUUAGGCGAUUUGGCAUCUUUAAAGCAGAGACUGUCCAAUGGGGAAGCGGUUAAUAAAAGACAGAAACACGAGGGUGAGACGGCUACAUCGAUGAAGAAUUGGUCAAUGAUACAAAGUUGGGAACCCAAACCCUUUGGUGUCCUGUAG